AUGUCUACUUUCGAUAAAGGAGAUAAGCCAGAUAUUGGUACAUUCGUCGCCUUUGACCAUGUCCGAUUUGUCGUCGGAAAUGCUAAACAGGCUGCCUAUUGGUAUUGUGCUAACUUUGGUUUCGAGCCAUUCGUUUACAAGGGAUUGGAGACUGGAUCCAGAAUCACAGCUCAACACGCAGUGAGACAAGAUAAGAUUGUCUUCGUCUUCGAGUCUGCUCUCCUACCAGAUAACAGUGAAUUAGGAAAUCAAUUGAUUCAACAUGGAGAUGGUGUCAAGGAUGUUUGUUUCGAAGUUGAAGAUCUUGAUUCAAUUGUUGCUCACGCUAAGACUGCUGGAGCCACGAUUGUUCAUGACAUCACGGAAGAAUCAGAUGAAGAUGGAACUGUCCGAUUUGCCACGCUCAGAACGUACGGAGAAACGAACCACACUCUCUUGGAACGUAAGAACUACAAAGGAGCAUUCCUUCCUGGAUUCAAGCCACAUCCAAUGCCACGUAACUUCUUCCAAACACUUCCACGUGUUGGUCUCAACUUCCUUGAUCAUUGUGUCGGAAAUCAACCAGAUUUACAAAUGGACUCAGCUGUCGAAUGGUAUGAGAAUAUUCUGAAGUUCCAUCGAUUCUGGUCUGUUGAUGAUUCAAUGAUCCAUACCGAGUAUUCUGCUCUGCGUUCGAUUGUUGUCACUAACUUUGAGGAAACCAUCAAAAUGCCAAUCAAUGAGCCAGCUUCAUCUGGAAAGAAAGCUGUCUCUCAGAUUCAAGAAUUCGUUGAUUAUUACGGAGGAUCCGGUGUCCAGCAUAUUGCUCUCAACACAACUGACAUCAUCACUGCAAUUGAAGCAUUAAGAGCUCGUGGUUGUGAAUUCCUUUCGAUUCCAUCGAGUUACUAUGACAAUUUGAGACAAAGACUUGCUGCAUCAUCAAUGACAAUCAAGGAAGAUAUGGAUCGUCUUCAGAAACUUCAUAUUCUUGUCGACUUCGAUGAGAAUGGAUACCUUCUUCAAAUCUUCAGUAAACCAUGCCAAGACCGUCCAACUCUUUUCUUGGAAAUUAUUCAAAGAAAAAAUCAUCAAGGAUUCGGAGCCGGUAACUUCAAAGCUCUUUUCGAAUCAAUUGAAUUGGAACAAACAAAACGAGGAAAUCUGUUCUAUGACAAUGUGAAAGACGGAGAGAAGAAGUAA